CCUAUUUGAAAAACAAUAAUUAUGGAAACAUUCUCUGCACCAAUAGGUUAUGCCACUGAUGGCAUACUGUGCUGUGCCCUAGACCCUCACCACACGUCAACACCUUGACAUUGAUUACUGCGGCAUUUGGCCAACGGAAACGGCGGAAAACGAGGAUUGGGAAUGGGAAUGGAAAAGCUACCGAAACAGAGAAAACCACAAAUGGCCAAUAAUUCAAAUUCAAAUGCAACAUUUCAAUUGGUGGUGUCCGGAAGACACUUGUUUCCACGGCGGAGAAGGCUUAAGAACAGGCCAACGGGGCGUGCACUUGAUAUGUGUGUGUCGCUUUGGGUUCGGUUUGGUUUGGUUUGGUUUUUGGGUAUAUGUACAUAUAUCACAAGUCCAAAUCGAUUGCCGGGGCAGUUAGUUUAGUUAGGCGUCUCUCUGAUAAGAUACGAGAGUACGAGUGGCGAACGCUUGCGGAGAAUUCCGCUAGAAGAAAAGCACAUUCUGGCCCCUGAGCUUGGAGCAACUGUUCCCGGCGGUUAUACAACCAAUCAAAAAAAUUCUGGAAAAUGUCUGCGCUCGCUAAUGGAGGUCAGGAGGAGGAUUUGAAAAUUCUGGGCCAACUGAAAACCAUCGAGCAGAUCAACGAGCAGCGCCGGAUAUUCCUCAACAGCACGAUCAACGAGGAGGUUUCGGAGGGCUCGAAUGGUGCGACCACCCAGGAGGAGGACUUGGAGAAGGAUCUGAAGAAGUUGGAAGAGCCGGAGACGAAGAAAACGCCCGCGGAGGUGGAGCCAAAGACAAAACCAGAGGAGACCCCAAAGAAGGAGCUGGACACAACGCCCGAGAAGGUGGAGCAAACCAAGCCCCAGCCCCCCAAUACGCUCACCCUAAACGUGAAAUACGCCACCCUGCCAAGUCCGAAUGUGGUGACCCUGAGAUCCCCGCUCUCGCCGCCUCCCAAGCCGCCCAUGUUGGGUCGCACCCGGAGCAUUGGUUCCGGCGAUGGCAAGAGCCCCACCGUUAGCAAUGGAGGCCUCCCGUCCGACAAAUCCCUAAUCCGCCAGAGUUUUCCCGAAGGUGCCAUCAAGCCCAAAUCGCCGGCGAAGCCUCAAACUACCACUCCCGACGAAGAAGCACCCGCCACCGUAUCCGCCCGCCACUACGAGGGACUCAUUGAGGAGCUGCGGUGUCCAGGAUGUGCCGGCGCCAUGAAGGCACCCAUUCUCCUCUGCAAGAGCGGACACAGUGUCUGCGAACAGUGCACCCGCAUUCUGCUCAUGUGCCCACUGUGCAAGGAGCCCUUCACCUCCUCCCGAUCGCUGACCGUGGAGGCGCUCUGUGCCAAGGCGCACUUCCGGUGCGGACACGCAUCCGGCGGCUGCCAGGUGCGGAUGCCGGUGGUCCUCCUCCCGUGGCACGAACAGCAGUGCAUGUACAAGCCGAUGAAGUGCUUCAUGGGCCGCGUGUGGGGCGAUUGCCGCUGGCAGGGACGCGAGGUGCAGUGGAAGGAGCAUCUGGAGGAUCAGCAUGGCGACCGCCUGUUCCGCUCAAGCAGCGCCGAUCUGGAGUGGAAUCUGGUCACGCGGCGGAAACCGCUCACCGGCUACUACGUCUUCCAGGCGCACGACGAGAUGUUCAACUUCUACGAGAUCCACGACCGGCAGCGCAUCCUGUUCACCAUGACCUGCACCUCGAACCGCCGGGACAGCAAAUACAACUACGCCUACGAGGUGACCGUGCUCCAGCCGGACAACGAGGCCCUGUCCAUGACCCAGAAGUUCCCCGUGCACAGCGAGUACGACAAGGACAUCCUGAUGGAGGGCACCUGUGUCAGCAUUCCUCUGACGGAGCUCAACCGCUUCCUGGACCAGGAGAAGGUUCUCCACUACCGUGUGAGUGUGCUGGCGGUCAAGUCCCCGCGCCGCGCGAAACCACCUCGCCAGAGUCUGCCACAUCCCGUGGACCUGGAGCAAACUCAAAAUGGCGGAGUCAAUGGGAAGAGCGUGCCGACCAGGAUGAUCAUUACGCGCACGUAUAAGGAGGCCAUCGGCGAGGCGGUUGCCCAGGCCAAGACAGAGGUGGCCACUCCGGACUCGGAGGAGGAUGCGGUGGCCGGCGGCGGCGAUGCUGAAGGUGAUAAUUCCGGAGGUCUGGAACUCGAGCGAAAAUGGGGCACUCCGCAGCUGCACUUCAACCGGAAAUAUCUGCGAAACACACUGAACGACUCAACACCCCUGGAAGACGAGCUGCGCCCACUGGCCGGGGAUCUGCGCAAUGGACAUGGCGACGACAAGCUCUCCCAGUGCAGCAACAGCACGAGCUACACGAAAAAGGUAUCUGAUUCGUUGCGGAGAAGUUUCCGGGCCCUCAAGGCGGACAUAGUUGAAAUGCGGCCCUUCAGCAAGAAGGCGGUCAAGGCAGGAUCCCCCGAUCCAGUCCAGGCGAAUGGCAACUAGUGAUUCCAAGUGCGUUUUUUUCUUUUUUUUUGUGGUGACUAUAUAUCAUUUCUUUACACCCCAGAUAAAAGCAUGUAAAUAUAGCAAAUGUUUUUAAAUCUAAUGAAAUAUGUACUUAACUCUUAAUAAAACGUAAAUUAAAAUAUAAACAAAUGCAAUAUA